AUGGAUCCAAGAUAUAGUGGACAAGACGUGCUGCAUUGUGAGGCAUGUGAAACUGCUAAAGUUCUGCAUAUCUGCGAGAUUUGUCAUGUCAACCUCUGCAAAGCCUGUAUUGGAGAACAUAUUUAUGAUGGCUACGACAACCACAAGAUAGUCUCAUAUAACUCCAAGAAAACAUCUCCAAAGUUUCCAGAUUGCAAGAUCCAUGACAAUUCUAGAUGUGAUAUGUAUUGUGAAGACUGUGACAUACCAGUGUGUUUAAGCUGUAUCAUCUCUGAAAAACACAAAAGACAUGGAUUCAAAAGUUUGUAUGAAGUAUUUAAGUCUAAACAAGAUUCUAUAAAAAGUGACUUGGAUAAAAUGAAAAACAUUAUAUUCCCUACUUAUGCCUUUAUUGGGAAGGAUAUCAAAAAUAGGAUGAUAUCUUUAAUGGAAGAAUAUGAGGAUAUAAUACAAGGAGUUGUGAAACAGGCAGACGAAUGGCAUAGAGAAAUUAAUAUCAUCAGAGACAUCUUCAAAAAGCAAAUAAUAUCAAUGAGAGAUUUACAUCUGCAAGCUUUAAGGGUCAAUUUACAAGACAUUGUGAGUACUAUCUUGGAGAUAAAUGAAGCAACAGAAGAAACUCAAAACAUUCUUCUCUCUAACAGUCUAUCACGGUAUUUUAUUUCAAAGUCUAAAAAGUACAGUAAGGUGCCUCAAAAGCUCGUUACUAUAAAACCAAUGUUUGUGCCUCAAGAUAUUAAUAGCAACGACCUUUACAAACAAUUUGGGAUUUUGACAAAAUCCUAUAUUAAAGAAGAAGAUGAAUACAUGCUACAAAACCCCAAAGAUAAUGAAAUUCUCCAAGAACCUGUCUUAAACAAUAUUAUCAAUACAGGUUACAAAAGACUUCGUAGCUGUGCUGUUGGUCGAAAGGAUGAGGUUUGGGUUAGUGGGGAGGGUAGCAAUAUAAACAGCUUUGACAUUCAGGGUCUAAAACAAAAAACAAUUGAUACCAAAUUAUGUAAAUACCCUAAUGAUAUAGCUGUCACAAGAGAUGGUGACAUUGCUUUUUCCAGUGGGCUAUCACAAACUGUUUAUAUUGUGAAAAAUGGUAAAGAGGAGGAGCUUGUUAAAUUUUUACAGUGGCAUCCAUUGAACAUUUGUAUCACAGUUUCAGGUGAGCUCUUAGUUGUUGUAGUCAGUACUGAUAAAUCUCAGGCGAAAGUACUCCGCUUUUCAGGGUCAAAGUUGCUACAAACAAUCCAGUUUAAUGAUAAUGGACAACCUCUUUAUUCCUGUGGUAAACGAGUGAAAUACUUAACGGAAAACACAAAUCGAGACAUUUGUGUGGCGGACUCUGAUGUAGGAGCAGUUGUUGUUGUCAACCAUGCCGGAAAACUGCAAUUUCAAUAUCGUGGUCUGUUGACAGGAACUAAGAGAGAAUUUCGACCAUUCGGCAUUGCUACUGAUGGUAAAGGACAUAUUUUGAUAGCGGAUCCAAACAACCAUUGUGUUCAUAUCAUUGAUAGCAAUGGUCAGUUCCUUUGCAUUUUAUCUAGUUUUCUGGAGUGUCCUUUUGGUUUAUCCGUAAGCUCGAGUGCCGAACUCUUUGUAGCUGAGGGAAGAAGUGGAAAAGUGAAGAUAAUAAAGUAUUUAUCUUAG